AUGUACAAGACCACACCUGAUGUUGUUAUUCCGUUUGGCUUCCAAUCUGCUAUCGGAGGUGGAAAGACUAAGGGAUUUGCUCUUGUCUAUGACACUCUAGACUACGCCAAGAAGUUCGAGCCUAAACACCGCCUUAUCCGCACCGAAAGAAAUGGCAUUCCGAUGAAAACAAUACUGGUCUAUGAGAUGGGACUUGCACAAAAGGUUGACAAGGGCGGCCGCAAACAACGUAAGGAACGACGAAACCGGCAAAAGAAGGUGCGCGGUGUCAAGAAGGCCACAGUUACGGCUGGAAAGAAGUAA